UCAUCCUUGGGCCAGGGCGACACGUGCGAUCAUCUUCCUAUUCAAUCAUUGUUCAUCAUCGAGAAGACGGCGAGUUCCUUUUCGUACUUUUGUUUUGGUUGAAGACUUCUCAUACUGAAGAAGAAGAUUUUUUCACUUACAUUUGUCUGAGCAAUGGUCAAAACAAAGCUUGAUCACGCAAUCCCCGCAUAAGUAACGGUCUGGGUCAACAAUUGCUUUGGCACAAACACCAAAAAUGGUUGAUGGAGGAGAGGUGAAGUUGCUUGGGUGGUGGGGGAGCCCGUAUGCACUGAGAGUGAUAUGGGCAUUGAAGCUGAAACAAGUCCCUUACGACUACUUGGAAGAGGAUCUCCUCAACCAGAAGAGCUCUCUGCUCUUGCAUUACAAUCCGGUCCACAAGAAGGUCCCGGUUCUCGUCCACCACGGGAAGCCGAUCGCGGAGUCCCUCAUGAUACUCGAAUACAUCGACGAGACGUGGAAGCAGAGCCCUCUCCUUCCCCAGGACCCCUAUGAGAGAGCCAGAGCGCGUUUCUGGGCCAAAUUCGUGGACGACAAGUGUUUGCCGGCUAUUAAGGCUGUGUUCUGCAGCAAAGGCGAGGAGCAACGAAAGCUUGUAUUAGAAGCUCGAGAGACCCUGAAAAACCUGGAGAGCGGACUGGAGGGGAAGCUGUUCUUUGGGGGCGAGGCGAUCAACUUUGCGGACGUUGCUACAGGCUGGAUUGGUUGUUGGGCUCGAAUGGUCGAGGAAAUCACCGGCACCAGUCUCAUCGAUGCUGAGAACAUGUCUUCACUCGAUGCUUGGUCCAAGAGGUUUCUGGAGCUACCUGUCAUCAAGGAAUGCUUGCCUCCAUGGGAUAAACUGAUAGAGCUCAAUUUUGGGUUCCUCAAUAAGUACCUUGCUUCAUUGAAAUGAUCUUUCUUCGCUACCAUUUCCAAAUUCUUUAGGACUGCUUUAAAGGGACUGCAGACGAUUGUGUAUCUCCAGCUCAUGAUAAUAUAGCAUGAUCUGAUGACAAAGCAUAUUGUAUGCUUCCGUUAUGUUACUCUCUUACGUGAA